UAGCCAAAACCGGUUAAUUUUGUGAAGAGUGGAACUAAACAUCUGACGGAACCGUUUCUUUCGGAACAUUUAAACGACGAACCAUAAACACUUGCUAAUAAGCAGCUAAACCAUUCAUUACCAAAAAAUAUUUACGUUUUACUUGUAGAUUACCCAUAUGGUUUUCAACAUGAUUCCUUACACUGUUAACAUUAAACUAGCUGCCCGGACCCUGACCGGAACCCUUAAUUUACAGAACAAGACAGCAGUGGACUGGGGAUGGCAAGGUCUGAUUGCUCAGGGCUGUCACUCCAGUAUCCUCAUCAUCGAUCCAAAGACAUCUCAGACUAUUCAGGUCCUGGAGAGACACAAAGCCAAUGUGGUGAAAGUAAAAUGGUCCAGAGAAAACUACCAUCACAGUCUUGGCUCACCCUACUCUCUGCGUCUGGCGUCUGCAGAUGCUGCAGGAAAGAUCAUAGUCUGGGAUGUGGUGAGCGGUAUGGCACACUGUGAGAUCCAGGAGCAUUCCAAGCCAAUUCAGGAUAUGGACUGGCUGUGGGCUCAGGAUGCAUCACGUGAUCUUUUGCUGGCUGUCCACCCUCCCAACUUCAUUGUUUUGUGGAACGGUGAUACUGGCACCAAGCUUUGGAAGAAGAGCUAUGCUGAGAAUAUUCUGUCUUUCUCCUUUGACCCAUUUGACCCUUCUAAUCUGGCAUUGCUGACCAGUGAGGGUAUAGUGUUUAUCACAGAUUUCUCUCACUCAAAACCACCAGGCAGUGGAGGUAAGAAGGUCUACAUUGCCAGCCCUCAUUCAAGCCCCGCCCACAGCAAACCUGCUGCUACUCAACCCACAGGUGCAAAGAAAGCUCUCAAUAAGGUCAAAGUGCUAAUCACCAAUGAGAAACCUACGGCUGAAGCUGUAACUCUUAAUGACUGUCUCCAGUUGUCAUAUCUGCCAUCCAAGAGGAACCACAUGUUGCUGCUUUACUCCAGAGAGAUCCUCAUCCUAGACCUGGAGCUCAGCCAGACCGUGGGAGUGGUGGCAAUCGAGCGCUCUGGUGUGCCCUUUAUACAGGUCAUUCCUUGUGCACAGAGAGAUGCUUUGUACUGCCUCCAUGAGAACGGGUGUGUCACACUGCGUGUGUGUCGCUCAACAACAUCUUCUCCAGAUGAAACAGUGACGGAUCCAGAGCAGGGUGUACAGGAGUUGGUAUAUGAUCUGCGUGCACAGUGUGAUGCAAUACGUGUCACUAAGACCGUGCGGCCUUAUAGAGUGGUGAUCUGUCCUGUUAACGAGAACAGCGCUGCCCUGGUGGUCAGUGAUGGCAGGGUAAUGCUAUGGGAACUCAAAGCCCAUGCCAGUAGAUCUUCAUCCAACCUGAGUUCUGGGUUUCCUCCAUUGUAUUCUUCUGUAAAUUUCUGUGGAGCACCUUUACAUCAAAACCAGAAAUGUAUCCCAGAUCUUUCGCUGAACACAAUGAUCGGUCAUAGUUUGAUUUAUGGGGUGGACCCACCACGACCCUUGGCAGGUCAGCAAGAAGUACACCUAAAGUUCCUGUUGACAGGGCUACUGUCUGGCCUGCCCUUGCCUCCAUUUUCCCUCCGCAUGUGCCCUCCACUCACUACUAAGAACAUCAACCAUUACCAGCCUUUACUAGCCGUGGGUACAAGCAAUGGGUCUGUGCUGGUGUACAACUUGACCAGUGGUCUACUGCACAAAGAGCUGAGUGUUCAUUCCUGUGAGGUCAGAGGGAUUGAAUGGGUUAGUUUAACUAGUUUUCUAUCUUUCGCCACCUCUGUUCCUAACAACCUUGGACUUGUAAGAAAUGAACUACAGCAUGUGGACCUACGCACAGGGCGGAGCUUUGCAUUUCGUGGUGAACGUGGAAAUGAUGAACCAGCAAUUGAAAUGAUUAAAGUAUCACAUCUCAAGCAGUACCUGGUUGUGGUGUUCCAAAACAAACCAUUGGAACUCUGGGACGUCCGCACAGGAACUUUGUUGCGUGAGAUGGCCAAGAACUUCCCCACUGUUACUGCCCUGGAGUGGUCUCCAUCACAUAACCUUAAAAGCCUGAAAAAAAAGCAGCUUGCAGCACGAGAGGCCAUGGCAAGACAGACCACCCUCGCUGAUGCAGAGCAGAGCAGCGUAGAGUCCUCCGUAAUCAGUCUGUUGCAGGAUGCUGAAAGCAAGUCUGAAAUGUGUCAGGGCAUCUCAGCCCGUGAGCACUUUGUGUUUACCGACACGGAUGGCCAGGUCUAUCACAUCACCGUAGAAGGUAACACUGUGAAGGACGGUGCACGUAUCCCACCUGAUGGCAGUAUGGGGAGUAUCGCCUGUAUUGCCUGGAAAGGAGACACUCUAGUCUUGGGAGAUGUAGACGGAAACCUCAAUUUUUGGGACUUAAAAGCUCGCCUUUCAAGGGGUGUACCUACACACCGUGGAUGGGUGAAAAAGAUUCGUUUUGCCCCAGGGAAAGGUAACCAAAAACUCUUGGUCAUGUACACAGAUGGGGCCGAGGUCUGGGAUACCAAAGAGGUGCAGAUGGUAAGCAGCAUCCGAGUGGGCCGGAAUGUAAAUUACAGGAUUCUGGAUAUUGACUGGUGCACAUCGGAUAAAGUGGUGCUGGCAUCAGAUGAUGGCUGUGUCAGAGUGCUAGAGAUGGCCAUGAAGUCUGCCAGUUACAGAAUGGAUGAGCAGGACCUGACAGAUCCGGUGUGGUGUCCGUAUCUUCUACUACCACGUGCUGCUCUCACACUGAAGGCUUUUCUGUUGCUUCAACCCUGGUCUGAUACAUUUACCAUGGACAUUUCUCAAAUAAAUUACAUCGAGAAGGAUGAAAUCAAGGGACUGAUCCAGGAACAGCUCAACUCUCUUUCAAAUGACAUCAAGACUGUUCUCCAGGAUCCAAAUCUAAAACUGUUGCAGCGCUGCCUCCUUGUGUCACGGUUAUUUGGAGAUGAAUCAGACCUUCAGUUCUGGACAGUGGCAGCCCAUUACAUACAGUUCUUUGCUCAGAUUUGCCAACCCAACGGAUCUACCCCAGAAGACCAAGCACCAGCUGAGGACCCCCAAAGUGCCCCUACCAGCCAUCUGGACAUUUGCCAUGACAUCCUUUGUGAAAGCUCUUUCUUCCAGAGGUUUCAGCUGGAACGUGUUCAUCUACAGGAAGUUAAGAGGACCAGUUAUGAACACACUAAAAAGUGUGCCGACCAGCUCCUUCUACUGGGUCAGACAGACCGCGCCGUGCAAUUGCUUCUGGAGACAAGUGCCGAUAACCCCAGCUACUACUGUGACUCACUUAAAGCCUGUUUGGUAACCACCAUCACUUCCUCUGGCCCCUCUCAGAGCACCAUUAAACUUGUGGCCACCAACAUGAUUGCCAACGGCAAACUGGCAGAGGGUGUGCAGUUGCUGUGCCUGAUUGACAAAGCUGCAGAUGCUUGUCGUUAUCUGCAGACAUAUGGAGAGUGGAAUCGCGCUGCUUGGCUGGCAAAGGUACGUCUGAACCCAGCAGAGAGUUCAGAUGUGCUGAAGCGCUGGGCAGAGCAUCUGUGUUCUCCUCAGGUCAAUCAGAAGUCGAAGGCCAUCCUGGUCCUGUUAUCGCUGGGAUGCUUUUAUAAAGUGGGCGAGAUUCUUCACAGCAUGAGAUAUUUUGACCGUGCUGCACUCUUUAUCGACGCCUGUUUGAAAUACGGAGUGAUGGAGGUCAAUGAAGAUGUUAAUAAGCUCAUAGGUGCAGUCUUUGUCAACUACGCCAAACUGCUCCACUCUAUUGGGCUGAAACAGGGAGCUGUGCUGUGGGCGUCUCGGGCUGGAGAGGCAGGAAAAGAGCUGCUUGAUGAGUUGUCCAAAACAGAAGGUGUGGGGCCAGAGCCCAGCCCCAGUGAAGAAGAGAUAAACGACACUCUUGUAAAUAUAGAUUGACCUCCCUCCCAGACCAGUGAAGGGAAAGGGGUAUGAAAAAAAGAAUAAGAAACAAGAGAUGUGUGAGAUGAUGAGAGUAGCCAAAAAGUAUAAUAUAAUGAUGUCUCAUGCAUGCAUGCAAACAGACAAACAACACACCUUUCUUAUAGUUUUCGACUUGUUUGUCCAGUCCGUGUUAUGUGUAAUUUUUUGCUGGUUGUGAGGUGUUAUUAGGUGUUGUGUGUUUAGUGACAUUCCCCUAACAUUUACUACCUCCCACACAUUAUGUAAUGUUUUAAUGCAUUUAAAACUUAUUUUGCACCUAUUUUAUUUACCCAAAAUGUUUUCUUUGUGAAGUAUAAUAAAACAAUAUUAUAAAAAAUGAUAUAUACAUAUUAGUAUCUACAUAUAUGACAGACGAGAAUAUGCAUUCUUUGUUUGAAGUGAUUUUAAACUUUUUAACAUUUAAAACAUUUAAAGGUAAAAGGCAAAAAUUGGACACAUGGUGUUUUUUUACAUUUGUUAAGUGACAUUUUUAAAGUGCCCAUCUUAUGACUGCUUUUCCACAAGUUAAAUAGGUGUAUGAGUUCCAUAAAGCAUGUUUAAAAAGUUGUUUGCCCGAAAUAGCUUGUAGGAAAAGAUUGUUACCCAUCUCUAGUAGCCUCUGUUUCAGGGCAUUUCAGAUUGUGCCGUUUUGAGGUGGUCAUUACAUAUUUAUGAGCUGCUGCUCCUUUGGCCACGCCCACUACCAAUGUCAUGUGCGCACAUGCGCAAUGGUAGCGCGAGCAGUACAGACUGUAUUAUUAUUUUUACAUAUUAUAUAUUAUUUUUAACGGUUUAUGUAUUGCCAACAGACAAAUCAAGCAUAAAAGUAUCAUAUUCCAGUUAUAAAACAUUUUCAAACACAUUAUUUUCGCAAAUUACAGAAAUUAAGACCCGGCGGGGGAUGUAUUCUGCUUGUGGACAGCAUGCUAAUUGCUAGAAGCUAGCAGGAGGUCUGCCGUAUCUGGGGAAAGUGAUAAGAGACGUGGGGGUACGUUAGGCUUGUUGGAAAAGCCGGGUUGGUAGGGCCUGGGCCUGGUUAGUUUGGCAAAACACUAUUAGUAAUCUCAUGUAAUGAUAAAAUAAUGCAGUUAAAUAUUUAUUUUAACUUUCGAAAAGUAUGGUAGCUAGUCACUGGCUUUGCAGGAGAAACCACGCUGCAAACUAACUAGCAUAGCGGUUAGCAACCUCGUUGUUCUUAAUGGCAAAUAACUGCUAAAACACACACACACACACACACAAGUUCACCCACUCGACGUGCACCAAUUGGUGGGCGGGAUGAUGUCAGUUUACGCUGCUAACAAUAUCUAUAUAGCCUACUGUCUACAAAUAUUAAUAAUAUAUUAACAUUACUAUACAUCAGUGUAUGGUCUCUGUUUUGAGAUACAGAUGCUCUAGCAUCAUAAAUGUACUAUUUUGUGACAGAAGUCCAGAUGCAAAAUAUAAACGUGACUUCUUACAUUUUGUGUUGAUAUAACGAUCGCAAAUCGAAUCCAGUCUGUUUCAGAUGUGUGAAUAAUCCAUGAAAGUCCAAUAAAAUACAUCCAAUGACCAUUUUUGUCCACAAAUGCGUAUAAUCCGUGAAAUAUAGAUAUAUAGUCUGUUGUUUAAAUCAGAUUUCGCAUGAACAUCUUGUAAUAGAAUGUAAUAUAGCCUACAAUCUGAGGACUAUUUACGUCGUAACAAACUGUAUAUGAAAUUACACUUUAGGUUCCAAUAAACACGCGUUAAAACUUUGUUUUUAAAAGUAGGCGGGAGUAUAACCCAUAAUAUCCAAAUAGAGCUGGUAUUUCCGUGAGACAUGAUAACAGUAGAGGAUAUCAGCGAAGUGACUGCUCUCUACCUUGUGGGUGGAGACCUGGGUAGUGGGCGGGAAAAUUCAAACGGAAUGUAUCGGCAAGGCUAGUUAUGUCACAACGGAGCUGAUUUUAAAAACGUGCAAGGCAGAGAACAUUCAGAAACCUGUAUCUCACUCAAAACAGAGACACAAAAGAACACCCCAAAACCCAGAAAAAGUGAGUUUUUCAUAAUAUGGGCACUUUAAAAUUUUUAAGCAGGGGUAUUCCUUGACCUGCAGUUGAAAAAUUACCUAGUUUUUUAAUUUUUAAAGUUUUAUUAAUAAGCUUAUCCAUCAGUUCGGAUUAAAUAAAGCAUUGGAAAGGCCUUUUCCCAUGUUUUUUUACUCUUAAAUGUAAUGGUUUCAUAAAGGAUUAUUUGCAGUGAUGCCAACUAUUUUUGUUAGAUGUGAAUUUGGUAGUUAUUAAUUUGUUCCAUCUUAAGCUCUCCAUGGUAAAACACUGAAAAAUGGGAACAAAUUUCACACCAGGCAACUAAAAAUUUAUUUAAUUAGCCAAUGGAUAGUAAAUUGUCCGAUUUUACUCAUUUGUUAUCAAGGCUGGAUCUGGGGGCUUAGCCCAUCCCCUCCCCUCUAGAUUAUUCCUUGCGCACCUCAAAAAAGUUCAGCUGACAAUGAGAAAUAAAUGUUUUUCUUGUAUUAUCUAUUAAACAUGGAGGAGAAUGUAAAAGUUAUGCAUGUAAUAAACUCACAGCCACGCUGUUGUCUUUGAAUAUCCUAAAACUGGCAAACUUGGAAGUAACAAACUUUAAGCAGAAAAAGAAUAUCAGUAAAUUGCAAAACAUUAAGCUUUAAACAACUGUUUGGCAAGAAGGUACAAAUUUAUGAUACAUCUGCAUCAGACAAACAUUUUUUUCUGCAUAAAUAUAACAUUACAUUAUAUUUCAAUGUUUCAACAUCAGUGUAAUAUAUUACAACUUACAUCUGCAAACAUGUGUGAACUUGUAUAAAGUAAAUGUUGGUAAGAAUGCAGCACAUAAUUCAACCAGUCUCUUAAGUACCAAGAAUGUGUACAGUAAAUUUGGAACUGUUAGGUCUAAAUUAACUGUAAACCAAGUACAAAUUUUAUUGCUUUGCUCUGUAAUACAGAGAUACAUUAAAAGCACGUAAAAACAUACAAAUAAGCUAAAAGUACACAUUUAACAUUGCUGCACUCACAUUUAUUCAAUCGUACACCUGUUGUACAAUGAUCACAACAAAGUCCAUUGUGAAAAUAAUUGUUAAUGCAGCUGCGACUGUAAGCUGCUGCAUGAGCAGUCUUACAACUGUAUGUAAAUAUGGUUGUCAGUCCUUUUUACUGACAGGCUGACAUGCUUCAUCUAUUUUUUGUGCACUGUGGUUUCGGUUUUAAGUAUGUGUUAAUGUUUGAAUUUUAGUAAAUUAUUAAAACUGUUUGUUUAUGCAA